AUGACGUCGCCUCCUUCACAGCUUCGUUUGGGGACGCUUCACGUCCGCAGCCUCAGCACCAAGCUGGGGGCCGUUUUGUCGUUGAUGAGGGCCCAUGGCCUACACACACUUUGCCUCCAGGAAACUUGCAUUCCCUUGGAUUCGCUUCCUGCUGUGCAUCAUGCUGCUUCGCAGGUGAAGUGCUCCUUCUUCCCGGGAGCUCAGGCCUGCAACUCUCGCGGGACUCCUUAUGCCGGGGUUGCGUUUCUCACUCGUUGGCCGGCUAAACCUGUGGCCAUCCCCAACUGGCCUAUGGCGGAGGGCCGUGUUGCUGCACUUCGGGUUUUUCGGCCUCGGGCUAGACCCUUGCUCACGGUGGGCGUGUACUUGCAUGCCAGCGAUGCGACUUCAGCGGCCACUUUACUUGACACUGUGUUGCCGUGGGCCGCUUCUUUGGGCGAGGAUUUCUGCGUGAUGGGUGAUUUCAAUCUGUCCAAAUCCCACUGGCCCACUUCGUCCUUACUUGCCUCUGGCCAGGUGUACGAUGCUGAUACGGUGAUCGGUGAUCCUUCCUCGCUCCCGGGCACUCGCCGCAACGCUAAGGGUCACCUCACGGGCAGUGUUCUUGACUACAUGCUGCAUUCGCCUUCGGUGCAUGUGCGGGCCCGCGGCCAGGAGCGGGCGGUUGCUGACCAUGAUCUGGUGUAUUACUCACUGCCAAUGCUGGGGCUGCCUGCUCGCCUUACUUGGCCCCCGCGGCCUCGUCUUACUUCGCACCCUCCUCCGGCUGACGCCUGGACUUCUGCGUGGCCUCGGUUUCGCCUUACUUUCGAGGCCGCUCUGGACUCCGGUGAUUUGAAUGCUGCGUGGGCUGCUCUUUCUGCUUGCCUUGCGGAGGUGGUUUGUGACCGCAAGCCAGCAAUUGCUCCUGAUCAGGCUCGUGGCCCUCGUGCUCGCCCCUGCGAGCCUCACCUCAAGGCCCCUACGUACCAGUCCAUCCUGGAAAGACGCCUGCGUCGCCUCGGGCGUCGCGCUCUUGAGUUUGCGACUGACGUUGGCAAUCAGCCUCUGUUUCAAGCCUUGCUUCGGUCUGUGAUGGAUUUGGGUCAGGUCUUUCCUGAGCUUCAUUCCCUGCCUUGGGGUACGCCUGAGGCGGCGCACAGUGUGUUCCAACUUGCGGAGACCCAGGCGGCUCUCGACAAGGACACCCGGCUUCAGCACUGGCGCGCCACCACCGGUGAGGACUUCGCUAAACUGUGUCAGUGGGUUCGCUCCACUUUGCAUGUGGACGCCGCGCGCACUGUUUGGAAGGAGCUUUGGGCUCCCACUGCACUCCCGGAGCCUGAGGGCUUUGAUCGGUUGCGUCAGCUCGUCGGUGUCACUACGGAGUUUCCACUGCCUACUGUCACUGGUGCUUCCUUGUUUGCGCGUUUCAAGGCUACGCUCAAGCGUUCUACCGGUCUCGACGGCUGGGGUGCUGCUGCUUUUGUCUCCGCCGGGCUGGGUUCCUGCGAGGCUUUGGCCUUGUUUUGGGCCGCGUGUCUUCAACAUGGUGGUCUCCCCGCCAUCUGGAUGCAAAUCCGUGUGGCUUUGCUGCCGAAGGCGGAUGGUGGUCUUCGUCCCAUCUCCGUGGCUUCUGCUGCCUAUCGCGCCUGCAUGACCUGCCUACUGCGGGAAUGCCGCCCUUGGUUCAUGAGCUGGGCUGACGAGGAAUUGGUUGGUGGUGUUCCGGGGCGUGACAUGUCCCUCUCUCACGACUCACUUUUUUCUUCGUUGCUUGACGCUAGGAGCCGUCACCGUGCUUUUGUUGGGGCCAAACAAGACGUGAAGAAGUGCUUCGACACGGUCCAGUGGGACCUUGCUUUACAAGCCUGGACUUGGCUUGGUGCUCCCGCCCGCUUGGUUACCUUGCUUCGGGCCUUCUACGCUGGUCAAAGCCGUUGGCUCGCUGUGCAGGGCCACUUCGCUGCGGAGCCCAUAACCCCGACCAGGGGCAUCCUUCAGGGAUGCCCGGCAAGCGUGGGGCUUUUGAACUCCCUCAUGCUGUUGUGGGUGCGCCAUCUGCGUGCUGCCGCUCCUACUAUCUCCCGCUCUGUUUUUCUUGACGACAGGGCCCUUUGGGGCACUGGACACCGGGCUGCAACCGACCUUUGCACCGCACUGCAGGCUGCUGCUGAGGUGGACAAGGCGCUUGCCUUGUCUACCCACCCUGACAAGCUUGCGUCCUGGGCCACUCGGGCCCCUGCCAGACGCGUUCUUGAGUCUGAACCGGUCCUUUGCGGCCCUGUGGUCUCUUCUUUCAAACUGCUCGGCAUCACUUACCGCCUUGCCACGUGCAGUGGUGCAAUUGAUGCCGCCAGCAUCUCUGAGGUUGUUACCAGACGCUGCCGUCGCAUUGCCAUCGCCGCCAGAACUCUGUUGAUGCGGCGUCACCUCCUGCGUUCUUUGGUGAUCAGCCUGAUUGCCUGGAUUGGCCCCUGGGCCAAGGUGUCUGCCAAGACCUGCUCUGGCUGGGCACGCUCUGUUGAAGCUGCCGUCGGGCGUACUGUUUCUUCUCGUUCCAGACUGCUGCUGUGGUCGGCCUGGGCACAGCCUCGUUUGAAUCCGCAGUUUGCGCUUGCCUUUGCCGCGAUUCGUCAUGAGCUCAGACGUGUUGGCAGUGGGCCCCAGCCGCGGCCCAACUGCCACGCCUGCCCUUCUUUGGAGGCUUCGCUGUCGGUGUUUGCUUGGAGCAUUCUCCCCAGCCCCAGCGGGGUUUGGUCUACCCCUUUCGGCCAGUUUAGGCCGGGUUUUCUUUCUGCUGCGGUGGCCCAGCGCCUGGCUGAGGACUCUUGGACCAGACAACAGUGGGCUAAUGACCCUAAGACGGAUGGUCCUUUGGAUGCUCAGCAGCACGUCUGCUUGGCCUACCACCACAAGGCCGUUUUGCAGUUCAUGCCUGGUUGUGAGCGCCGCGUCUUGCAUGCUGCUGCUUUCGACGCUCGUAUGCUUCAGCGCAAAGCCAUCCCCUUCGAUGCUUGUGCUUGCGGUGUUGAGGUCCCUACGAGGACACACGUUACUUUCGACUGCUCUGCCGAUCCCUGGACGGGCGCGCAAAGAUCCACUGCGGAGCGCCGCCUGUUACUGCCUUUAGUCACGGGCCUUGCUGCGCCCGCCUGGUCGCUGCCGGAGGUGACCGAAGACCUGCUGCUCGGACUGUCUGAGGCUCGCAUCCUCGAUGGUGCUCUCUUGGUUGCUACUGACGGUAGCGCACUUCAGUGUCCCAAGCAACGCGACCUACUGUGGUUCCAGCACGCUGGCUGGGGCAUUGCUGUCACUGCGAGCUGUGGCUUUCAUGGCGUGGUGCCUGGCCUCGACCGCUCUUCUGCUGCUGCUGAAAGAUACGCCUUGCUUGUGCUGGCCUUCGCUGCGCAUGCUUUGCAGGCUCCUGUGUGUGUCUAUACAGACAACGAGGCGCUGGUCACUUCCUUCAAGUCCCAGGUGCCGCCGCGAGACUUCGCUGCUUACUGGUGCUUGGUUAAGCAGCUGCUUCCCGCCAACUCUUCGAUCCACUGGGUACCAGCUCACGAGCGCCACCCCGAGUGGACUGUUUCUACGCCUGGCACUACUGAGGCGGAGAUUCGUGCAUUGAACCAUCGUGCUGACCUCUCUGCAGGUGCUGCUACGGAUCCGGCUAAGCCAGCUUUCGCUGCAGCGCGACUCAGUUGUCAGGAGGCCUCAUCAUGGGCUGCUGCUGUUGUCAAGAGGCAAGUUUGCCGUACCACGUCUUGGCACGAAGCUGUCAUGGAGCGCAUGAAAGCUUUAGAGAUAGCGCCGUGA